CUUGAAGACGUUGAGUCGACAACCGCGGACCCGGACCGCGGUGCCCCGGAGGCAUCCCGAUGAAUCUCAACGUGUCGGCCACCGAGGGCCUCUGUUGUAGCCAAUAGCCAGUGCCCUCCCCAUACAGUUCACCUCCAUCAUUCAUCUUCCGUGUAUCAUACCUUCAGUCUUCCUCAGCUAACCAACAUUAUCACAAUGUCCCGCAUGUCCCGCAAGGACGCAGAGAACCAAGUUCGCUCCUGGGGUUUCUCCCAUGUCUUCACUUGGACGGACAGUCCUGACUAUCAUUACAACCCGCACAAGCACUCUGGUGUAACGACACAUCUCAUUCUCUCCGGCGAGCUCACUAUCUCGUAUCCGGAGGACAAUCCGGACGAGAACUUGAAAGAAACUCUUGGUCCUGGCGCACGUUUCGACGUGCCCGCGGGCAAGAUGCAUGAAGUCUGGGUCGGGAAGGAAGGCUGUACCUAUGUCAUCGGUGAAUGAAACAUGCGCAUUUCGACAGGGCAGUCAGGGCUGCCAACUGGUAACCCAUGUCGCAGUCAUCGCCGCACAUUGCUCACGUUGGAAGCAUCUCAUCGAGAUUCUGCGAAUGACAGCUAGGCGAUGAAGGGGUGAGAGUCCCUGAGAGGGGUUCAGCGCCGGAUGUGACUCGGCCUAUUAUAGCGUGAUGCAAGAUAUGUACUCAUUUAUUGUGCAUAUCAGUACGCGAUAGGCAUGUUCGUCUGCUAACCUUCUAUUGACACCUACAUAUCAUCAGCCGAACGUGUCCAAGAGAAAA